AUGGCAGAUCAAUGUAGCGCCCGACUCUGGGCGACGAUCGUCGAUCACCGCGCCCAAUCGGCGCCGAAUGCGCUCGUCGGUCUUAUCCCAAAAGGCUCUGAGGUGGCCGACGGCUACCAUGAGUUGACCUUCCAAGGCCUCGUCCAUGCAGUGAAUGCCUGUGCUCGCUGGAUUGAAACGCGCAUCGGCCGUGCCAAGCAGCCCGAGACUGUCGCUUACAUGGCUGCGAAUGAUGUGCGGUAUUUGGUCAUUAUCCUGGCCUUCCAUAAAACUGGGUAUAAGCCUCUCCUCCUUUCCCACCGUCUCUCGGAUGAAGCUUAUAAACAUAUCCUCACCGCGACCAAUUGUCAAGCUUUCUUUUAUACCCCGGAUAAGCAUCUUCGCGUCUCCGAAAUUCAAGCUGCCACUACCAAUAUAACCGUGUUCGAAGUUCCGUCCCUGAAAGGACUUCUUGAGUCGGACAGCGCCCCAUACCCAUUCGAAAAAACCUUUCAAGAGGCCGAGGAUGAGGUGUCCAUUUGCAUUCAUAGCUCCGGUACUACAGGCAUGCCGAAGCCGGUGCCUCUCACCCACGGUUUCUUCUCAACUAUGGAUAUAUCAGCCUAUCUUCCCCGGCCCCCGGGACGUCGGGCAAGUGUGUUCUUCGACCUCAAUCCUGGUCAGCUGGUGGUAUCCACUACCCCUUCAUUCCAUCUCAUGGGGCUGAUAGCAUUCGCCGAAUCCCUCUUCCACGGGAUUCCCUUUGUGUUAUGUCCUGAUCAGCCCAUUUCUGCAGGUCUGAUCAUUGAUGUGAUCCAGGCCACCAACCCCACCGCCGCUCUGCUGGGCCCUUCUAUGCUGGCGGAUAUGGUUGAUUCACCGAAGGCACGCGAGACCCUUCGAACACUCGAUGCCGUCUACUUCGGAGGUGCGCCACUCGCCCCUGAGGUGGGCGAUAUCCUGGAAACCGACACCAAUGUCAUUACGCUCUUUGGAUCCAGUGAGAUGGGUCUGCUCAACUCUUUCGUGCCCAAAGGAGAAAAAGUAUGGAACUACUUCGAGUGGAGCCCCGAGUAUGGUGUGAAAAUGGAGCAUCAGGAUGAUGGCCUAUAUGAGCUUGUCAUCCCGCGCCGCCCCAACAGCCGCCGGAUUCAUGGCAUCUUCCACACAUUCCCCCAUCUUGGUGAAUACCAUAGCAACGACCUUUUCGAGCAACACCCAGAGCGUCCGGAACUGUGGAAAUACCAUGGCCGCAAGGAUGAUGUUCUUGUCCUGAGUAACGGCGAAAAGCUUAAUCCCGUCACUCUGGAGGUGACUGUGGCGCACUGCCCAGGCGUCAAGCACGCCCUGAUGAUUGGCCAAGGUCGAUUCGAAACGGCGUUGUUAGUCGAGCCAACGAAGCCUGUGGAGGAGGAGAAGGCGUUCGUGGAGGCCAUCUGGCCGACGGUUGAGCAGGCCAAUCAAACGGUGCCCAAGUAUGGACGGGUCUCAAAGAACAAGAUCAGGGUGGCUUCGGCUGCUAAGCCAUUCAAGGUGACGCCUAAGGGCGUGUUGCAUCGCCGCACCAUUAAUAAUGAUUACCACGAAGAAAUUGAAGCCAUCUACGCCGCGGCAGAUGACACUGCAGGUGCGCCUCCACUGCCCGAGACGCUGGAAUUCGAAACUCUCCGCGACUACGUCCACAAUUUGUUGUCAGAGAUUCUUGAGCGCUCCGAUCUCACGGACGACGAGGACCUUUACGGCGCUGGGCUGGACUCAUUGCAGACCAUCCACUUGGCGCGGAAGUUGCACACUGCUAUCGCUGCCCGGCUGCCGGACAGCACUACAACAAUCAACCAGCAGCAGAUCUACGCCAAUCCGACACUCUCUCGACUGGCUCAAUAUCGCAUCGCUAAGAUGGUUAAGAAGUACACUUCUCAAUUGCCCCGACGAUGCUCGCUUCCCAUCCAUUUUCCCGAUAAAUCUACCGUUAUCCUCACCGGCUCCACCGGCUCCCUGGGCACCUACCUCCUUCAUCAACUCCUCACAGACUCCACUAUUGCUAAGGUCUAUUGCUUCAACCGCUCCGACGAGGCACAGAGCCGUCAACGUGCGAUAUUUGCCAGCAAAGGACUCGACCCUACAUUACUAGAUGAUCCAUCCCGGGCAGAAUUCCUCACUGUUAUCGUCGGCGCACGCCAAUUCGGUCUCCCGGAUGCCACCUACCACAAGCUGUUGGACUCAGUGAACCUAAUCAUCCACAAUGCCUGGAAGGUCAACUUCAAUCAGCCACUGGAGUCCUUCGAAGACCCUCACUUAUAUGGCGUGCUGGAGUUCUUGUGGUUCAGCCACCGCAGCGCUGCACGCGCUCACCUGACCUUCAUCUCUUCGGUCAGCACCAUCGGCGAGUGGGACUCGGCUACCAUGGGACCGGUUGUGCCCGAGGCGCCUGUAGAAUCUUCUGACGCUGUGAUGGAACAGGGCUAUGGCGAGUCCAAGUAUGUGGGCGAGCGGUUAUGUUGGGCGGCGGCGCAUGACGCUGGUAUCCCGACGACGGUGCUCAGAGUCGGACAAAUCGGCGGCCCAACAACACGCGAGGGCAUGUGGAAUGUCGAUGAAUGGCUGCCGACUCUUGUAAAGACGAGUGUAGCAAUGGGCAAGGUGCCAGCUGAUUUGGGCGCGUAUCGAAUUGACUGGGUGCCUGUGGUAAGCUUUCCUCCCUUCAUAGUCUCAUCCAAAAUCUCGAUGGCUAACGGAACCAACGUAAAGAAUAUCCUCGCUACAAUUAUUGUUGAACUCGCCCACACCCGUCAAGAGGAGCAGCAACACACUCCGCACGGGGUCUACCACCUGGUGAACCCGAAGCAGGUCAAGUGGGAGAGCAUGAUGCCCGUAAUUAAGACCAAGUACGAUGAUGUGCAGAGCGUGGCCUUAGAGGAGUGGCUCCAUGAGCUGGGGGCGGUGCAAUCGCCCACAGAGGCUGAGGUACGCGCCAAACCGGCUCUGAAGCUGCUUGACUUCUACCGGGGUUUGACCGGAAAUGCUCUUUCGAUGGAAGUGAGUGUGGAGAGGGCGCAGAAGGCGAGUUUAACAAUGGCAAAGCUGGGCCCAGUGACGGCGGAUCUGCUGGCAAAUUGGUUGGAGCAGUGGAAGUUUUGA